UAUGGAAUAAUUAUAAUAUAAUUAUUAAUAGAUAAUAAAAAGUAUUUAAUAAAUAGAGAGAUAUGUCUAUACCGACUAGUGAAUCGGAGACAUUUACGGUGGAUAAGAAGACAGAAGAAAACACUCCAGUUUAUUAUGAUAAGAGUAGUAAUGGAAAAUCUCGAACUAAUGUAUCAUAUCAUUAUAAUCCUGAAGCAAGUCGAUAUCAUUAUGGAACAUUACAUCCUAUGAAACCAUUUCGACUUAUGUUAACAGAUCAUCUUGUGAUAUCUUAUAAAUUAUAUGAAAAGAUGGAUUUAUAUACUCCACGACGAGCUACUAAAGAAGAAUUAUUAGAAUUUCAUGCUGAAGAUUAUGUAAAUUUUCUUCAAACUGCUAGUCCUCAUACAAAAUUAAGUGAUCAAGUACUAGCGCAAUUUAAUAUAGGUGAUGAUUGUCCAAUAUUUGAUGGAAUGUAUGAUUAUUCAACUAUAUAUGCUGGAGCUUCAUUAGAUGCAACAAGAAAAUUAAUAAGUGGUAUGUCUGAUAUAGCAAUAAAUUGGUCUGGAGGUCUUCAUCAUGCAAAGAAAUAUGAACCAAGUGGAUUUUGUUAUGUUAAUGAUAUUGUUUUAAGUAUAAUAAAUUUAUUAAGAGUUCAUCCAAGAGUAAUGUAUAUUGAUAUAGAUUUACAUCAUGGAGAUGGAGUUCAAGAAGCAUUUUAUACAACUGAUAGAGUAAUGACAGUAUCAUUUCAUAAAUAUAAUGGAGAAUUUUUUCCAGGAACUGGUUCAGUAGAUGAAGUUGGAUUAGGUAAAGGAAAAAAUUAUGCUAUAAAUGUACCAUUAAGAGAUGGAAUAGAUGAUGAAUCUUAUACAAGAUUAUUUAAACUGAUUAUGGAACCUUUAAUAACAAAAUUUCAACCAACUUGUAUAGUACAACAAUGUGGAGCAGAUUCUUUAGGUUAUGAUCGAUUAGGUUGCUUUAAUUUAAAUAUUAGAGCUCAUGGUGAUUGUGUAAAUUUUAUAAAAUCCUUUGGAAUUCCUAUGUUAGUAGUUGGUGGAGGAGGUUAUACUCCAAGAAAUGUUUCAAGAUUAUGGUGUUAUGAAACUUCAGUACUUAAUGAUGUAAAUCUUGAUCCAAAAAUCCCAAAUUAUCUUGCCACUUAUGAUUGGUUUGGACCUGAUUAUUCUUUACAUCCUCAAUUAGAUGGAAGAAUAGAUAAUAAAAAUUCUAAAAAAUAUCUUGAAAGUGUUAAACAAGAAAUUUUAGAACAAAUUAGAUAUUUAAAUCAUGCUCCAUCUGUACAAAUGCAAGAAAUUCCUCCUGAUAUAACGGGAUUAACUGAAGAUGAAGAACAAUUAAUUAAAGAAUUAAAUGAAGAAUCUGAUUUCCAACGGGCUACACAAAAGGUAAAAGAUGAAGCCAGAGACACAGAAAUUAUGGCUUAGUAAACAUAUAAAGCCAUACUUAAUUAACUAUACAAUCUAUACGACUAUAACUACCUGUAACAAUAUAUAAUUAUACUUAUACUUAUAAUACAUAAUGACAUUAACUAUACAAUGAGACGCGAUACAAAAUCAAGGAAUCUCAGAUUUUAAUUCUAAACAUCAUUACCGCCAUAGAAAAACCAAACUA